AUAUAGAUACAGUCACCCCUGGAAAUAUAAUUUCUUGUUUUUCGCUUAAUUGAUUUCUCUUCUCGUUAAUGGAUAAUCAAGAUCAAGAAUACGGAGGCGGCGGCGCAAGAAAAGAGGGUGAGAUGGACGGCGACCGCCGCAAGAAUGUGGGGGGAAUAACAAUUUCCGAUGAGACGACGGCGGCGGAGGAGGAAGCUGUUCACGGUGGUGCUUCUGGAUCAAAUCGAAGCGGUGGAGGAACAAUUAAUCAAGACGGAAUAGUAGAUUUGACGGGGUCGCCGCCGGAGACCGCCGGAAGUAGCCGUGCAGUAAGCGAAGACGACGGCCGGACGUUGAAUUUGAUAGAAUCUUUGCCGGAGACGACGGCGGAGGAGGAAGCUGUUCACGGUGGUGCUUCUGGAUCAAACCGAAGCAGCGGAGGAACAAUUAAUCAAGACGGAAUAGUAGAUUUGACGGGGUCACCGCCGGAAACCGCCGGAAGUAGCCGUGCAGUAAGCGAAGACGACGGCCGGACGUUGAAUUUGAUAGAAUCUUUGCCGGAGACGACGGCGGAGGAGGACGCUGUUCACGGUGGUGCUUCUGGAUCAAACCGAAGCAGCGGAGGAACAAUUAAUCAAGACGGAAUAAUUGAUUUGACGGGGUCGCCGCCGGAGACCGCCGGAAGUAGCCGUGCAGUAAGCGAAGACGACGGCCGGACGUUGAAUUUGAUAGAAUCUUUGCCGGAGACGACGGCCGGCGGAAGAUUAGAUUCUGUGGGGAAUCCCGGAUCGGCGUUCACGCCGGCGGCGAUGCGUUCACCAGUUAAUCGGGAAUCUUCUUCAUCCAGACUCUCUCUACGGCCACUUCAUGUACAGAUCAGUCAUCUGAUUAAGGGUCUUCAAGAUUCCGCGAGGAGGCGUGCCGGCGGCGGCGGUUACAACUCAUCAAAGGCGGCGGCGCCGCCGGAACCGCCGGAAAAUAGAAGGCAGUUGGGGAAGGGGAAGGGUAAAGCAGCAGCAGUUGAUCAACAUUCAUUCAUACCCAAUUAUUUUCCUCCACUAGAUGGUCAUGAAGAUCAACCACCAUUCAAGAAAUUAAACAUCGGCGGCGGCGGCGGAUAUUCUCAGACUAGCGCCGGCGGCGGCGGAUACUGUCAGACUAGCGGCGGCGUCGGCGGCAGCAGAUACAUUCAGUACAGUGGCGUCAGCGGCGGCAGCAGUCACAACAACUCAACACACCAACUACUACUGCAUGGGGGCGAGGCAUCAGCACCAGCCGCCGCCGCCGCAUUGCCGCCACGGCCACCGCGACCGCCACGGCCGCCGCCGCCUGAUGACUACGUAUGUAUGUAUUGUAAUUGGGCUCGAUUUCGGUCUAGACAAGCACUUGAAGAACACAUGAUACCAUGUAGCUUACUUUUUUUGAAAGGCGGCUAGAUGAAUUAGUACUCUCGAUUAAUCGAUAGUUUGCGAUUCGACAAAAAGAUCGAUUUGUUUCGACUUUCGUUCGAUUAUUCCUAGCUACCACACCUUUUACUGUGAUCAUACUACACAGUUCAUCAUGAUAUAUACAAUUCUUUCUUUUUC